GUGGAGACUUCAUCACUGGGGCAGCUCCCCAUGAGCAAAACGAGCUAGUGCGCACGCGUGGAACAUUCGAUCACUGGUGGUGUAGCUAACGGCUAAGCUACGGGUCCAGCCAACAUGGAGAGGAAAGUUCUGGCACUCCAGGCGAGGAAGAAGAGGGCGAAAGCAAAGAAGACCAGCAAAAAACAGCCAGCUAAUCCCAGAACUCGACAGCAGCCCCAGCUAGAAGCCUCGCCUCAGGAGCCCGAGGAGCCUGAGGAGAUUCUCGGCUCCGAUGAUGAGGAGCAGGAGGAUCCUAAUGACUACUGCAAAGGUGGCUACCACCAUGUGAAAGUAGGAGACCUUUACAAUGGAAAAUAUCAUGUUAUACGGAAACUGGGCUGGGGACACUUCUCCACGGUGUGGCUUGCCUGGGACAUCCAGGUGAAGAGAUUUGUUGCAAUGAAGGUGGUGAAGAGUGCGGAACACUACACGGAGACAGCAGUGGAUGAGAUCAAACUCCUCAGAUCUGUAAGAAACUCAGACCCCAAUGACCCCAACCGGGAGAUGGUGGUCCAGCUGCUAGAUGACUUCAAGAUCUCUGGUGUCAAUGGAACUCAUGUCUGCAUGGUGUUUGAGGUGUUGGGGCAUCAUUUAUUAAAGUGGAUAAUAAAGUCCAAUUACCAAGGGCUGCCCCUGCCGUGCGUGAAGAGCAUCAUCAGACAGGUACUCCAAGGCCUGGACUACCUGCACACAAAGUGUCAGAUCAUUCACACAGACAUUAAGCCAGAGAAUAUCCUAAUGAGUGUUGAUGAGCCUUAUGUCCGCAAGCUCGCAGCAGAGGCCACAGAGUGGCAGAGGGCUGGGGCACCUCCUCCCUCUGGUUCAGCAAUAAGCACAGCACCAGCUCCAAAACAGACAGUAAAAAUGUCCAAGAACAAGAAGAAGAAGUUAAAAAAGAAGCAGAAGCGUCAAGCAGAGCUGUUGGAAAAGUGCAUCAUGGACCUGGAAGAAAUGGAAAAGACCACAGAGGCACGAGAGGAGGAGGAUGAUGAAGAUGAGGAUCCACAGUCUCCAAAAGGACGGGUGUGUGCUCCUCUCAGACAGGUGUCACUUCAGGAGCUAGGAAACAAGGAAACAGUGGAGAGCAGUGUGCAUGGAGAUCUCAUGAGGGUGGGACCAGAGGGGCUGACGGAGCUGAACUGUAAUGGCCAUGUGGAGGUGGAACAGAGACAGUCCCAGUGGAGGGACGAAGACCAACAUAAUGGCAACACAGAGCCCUCAGAGAAAAGUGCCAGUCAGGAGGAGCAACACAUGGAAUCCCCUGUCCACCCUAUCUCCAACGGUGUGGACUCUGCUGAUCUCAAUGAGCUUGACACUGAGACCGAAGGCAGGAGCGCUCAGAGGAGUGGAGUUACUGAAAGACACCUUCUUGUUGGGCUGGAGGAAGGAGAGCUGGAGCAAAGCAUUUUGCAGGAGGAGGGAGAGGACGGGCCUGACUGUCAAUAUAGAACCCAUGAAAGCCUGAGAAACGGCAAGCUAACAGCAGGAUCCCUGCUAGUUAACCCCCUUGAACCACUCAAUGCAGACAAGAUCAAGGUCAAGAUUGCAGACUUGGGAAAUGCUUGCUGGGUGCACAAGCACUUUACAGAAGACAUACAAACACGGCAGUACCGAUCCUUAGAGGUGCUCAUUGGUGCUGGGUACAGCACACCAGCUGAUAUAUGGAGCACAGCCUGCAUGGCCUUUGAACUUGCCACAGGGGACUACUUGUUUGAACCACAUUCUGGGGAAGAUUAUUCCAGGGAUGAAGACCAUAUAGCGCUGAUCAUUGAGCUGCUGGGGAGUGUCCCACGCAAACUCAUAAUGACCGGCAAAUAUUCCAAGGAUUUUUUCACCAAGAAAGGUGACUUGAAACACAUCACAAAGCUGAAGCCGUGGGGACUGCUGGAGGUGCUGAUCGACAAGUAUGAGUGGCCCCGCGAAGAAGCAGAGUGCUUCACUGACUUCCUGCUUCCCAUGCUGGAGCUGAUCCCUGAGAAGAGAGCCACGGCCGCAGAGUGCUUGCGCCACCCCUGGCUCGCCCUCUAGUGGAAAUCUCCAGCCUUUGCACCUCCCCUCUUUCCCACUUUCUCCAGAGACUGCAACAGAUCACUUUCCAGUUUGGGCAUAUCAGAUGAAUAUUUAUUUCUCUUUUUGUUUUGUUGUUUUGAAUUUCUUAUGUUCUUGUUAUUGAGCUAAUGCUUCUGUGUCUGUUUGCUUUGUAUUUGUUGGUUCUCGGUUGGUUCGGUGUGAUGACGUCAGGAAUCCAGUGGAUUAUAUUUCUUUGUGGUUAUGUUGGCUCCAACUGCUGUGCUCCGUUCACCCAUCCAACUAGGCAAACCUGUUUAUUGUACUGCUAGUGACUCAUCCUUGUUUGUUACACUCCUGCACUAAAACCCAAACAAACCAAGGAUAUGUAGCCUUUGUUGGUCAUUUUUGUCCCCUUUAAAAGGACUCGCUAUCACUUCUUUCAUUAGUGCUGUGUUUUUUUUUUUUU